CAAGCAGAGCUUAGCAGUUUGCGCUCAAGCUUCUGAAGACGAAUCUGCAGAGCGAGUCAACAUGUUCGAUGAAGUCUCACUUGGAGAAAAUGGUCACCAAGUUAUCGUGUCAACAGUUGGGGAUUUGAUUAACGCUCGGCGAGUUUCGGCUGGUGCAAGGUCUACACAGUUACUAGGGCAAAUGUCCGAUUCCACGCUUCAGACGAUUCGGCAGCGUCAGAGUCAUAUCAUUUCGAAACAGGCACCUUUGCAGCAGGAAGACGAUGCGUUGUCUUCUAGUGACUAGCAUCAUUCAAUUCCUAGGAAAGAGAAUACGAGCGGGCAUAGGGAUGUGGAAUGGAAUGAUUUUACAAAAAGGACAAGCUGACUAGCUUACUAUGAAGGUCAGAGAAGUCAUCGAUGGUAAAAG